GGCCACGGACGCCACCUGAGCGCGGCUCAGGCUGCGGACUUCGUUUUGUCCGAGCUCCGCGCCCCGCGGGGAACCAACCCCGUGCCGAUGGCCCUGAUAAUGGAACCAGUGAGCAAAUGGUCUCCGAGUCAAGUAGUGGACUGGAUGAAAGGUCUUGAUGACUGUUUGCAGCAGUAUAUUAAGAACUUCGAGAGGGAGAAGAUCAGUGGGGACCAGCUGUUGCGCAUUACCCAUCAGGAACUAGAAGAUCUGGGAGUCAGCCGCAUCGGGCAUCAGGAACUGAUCUUGGAAGCAGUUGACCUUCUAUGUGCUCUGAACUAUGGAUUGGAAACAGAAAAUCUAAAAACUCUGUCUCAUAAGCUGAAUGCAUCUGCCAAAAAUCUACAGAACUUUAUAACAGGAAGGAGAAGGAGUGGCCAUUAUGAUGGGAGGACCAGCCGAAAAUUACCAAAUGACUUUCUGACGUCCGUCGUGGAUCUGAUUGGAGCAGCCAAGAGUCUGCUUGCCUGGUUGGACAGGUCACCAUUUGCUGCUGUGACGGACUAUUCAGUUACAAGGAAUAAUGUUAUACAGCUCUGCUUGGAAUUAACAACAAUCGUACAACAGGACUGUACUGUAUAUGAAACAGAGAAUAAAAUUCUUCAUGUGUGUAAAACUCUUUCUGGAGUCUGUGACCACAUCAUAUCCUUGUCAUCAGAUCCUCUGGUUUCACAGUCUGCUCACCUGGAAGUGAUUCAGCUGGCAAAUAUCAAACCAAGUGAAGGGCUGGGUAUGUAUAUUAAAUCAACAUAUGAUGGCCUCCAUGUAAUUACUGGAACCACAGAAAAUUCACCUGCAGAUCGAUGCAAGAAAAUCCAUGCUGGCGAUGAAGUGAUUCAAGUUAAUCAUCAGACUGUGGUGGGGUGGCAGUUGAAAAAUUUGGUGAAUGCACUACGAGAGGACCCGAGUGGUGUUAUCUUAACUUUGAAAAAGCGACCUCAGAGCAUGCUUACCUCAGCACCAGCUUUACUGAAAAAUAUGAGAUGGAAGCCCCUUGCUCUGCAGCCUCUUAUACCUAGAAGUCCCACAAGCAGCGUUGCCACGCCUUCCAGCACCAUCAGUACACCCACCAAAAGAGACAGUUCUGCCCUCCAGGAUCUCUACAUUCCUCCUCCUCCUGCAGAACCAUAUAUUCCCAGGGAUGAAAAAGGAAAUCUUCCUUGUGAAGACCUCAGAGGACAUAUGGUGGGCAAGCCAGUGCAUAAGGGAUCUGAAUCACCAAAUUCAUUUCUGGAUCAGGAAUAUCGAAAGAGGUUUAACAUUGUUGAAGAAGAUACUGUCCUAUAUUGCUAUGAAUAUGAAAAAGGAAGAUCAAGUAGUCAAGGAAGGCGAGAAAGCACACCAACUUAUGGCAAGCUACGACCUAUAUCUAUGCCAGUGGAAUAUAAUUGGGUGGGGGACUAUGAAGAUCCAAAUAAGAUGAAGAGAGAUAGUAGAAGAGAAAACUCGCUACUUCGAUAUAUGAGUAAUGAAAAAAUUGCUCAAGAAGAAUACAUGUUUCAGAGAAACAGCAAAAAAGAUACAGGAAAGAAGUCCAAAAAGAAGGGUGAUAAGAGUAAUAGCCCAACUCACUAUUCAUUGCUACCUAGUCUGCAAAUGGAUGCAUUGAGACAAGAUAUCAUGGGCACACCUGUGCCAGAGGCCACACUAUACCAUACAUUUCAACAGUCUUCUCUGCAGCACAAAUCAAAGAAGAAAAACAAAGGUCCCAUAGCAGGCAAGAGCAAAAGACGAAUUUCUUGCAAGGAUCUUGGCCGUGGUGACUGUGAGGGCUGGCUUUGGAAAAAGAAAGAUGCGAAGAGUUACUUUUCACAGAAAUGGAAGAAAUAUUGGUUUGUUCUAAAGGACGCAUCUCUAUACUGGUAUAUUAAUGAAGAGGAUGAAAAAGCAGAAGGAUUCAUCAGUCUGCCUGAAUUUAAAAUUGACAGAGCCAGUGAAUGCCGCAAGAAAUAUGCAUUCAAAGCCUGUCAUCCUAAAAUCAAAAGCUUUUAUUUUGCUGCUGAACAUCUUGAUGAUAUGAACAGGUGGCUUAACAGAAUUAAUAUGCUGACUGCAGGAUAUGCAGAAAGAGAGAGGAUUAAGCAAGAACAAGAUUACUGGAGUGAGAGUGACAAAGAAGAAGCAGAUACUCCAUCAACACCAAAACAAGACAGCCCUCCACCUCCCUAUGACACCUACCCACGGCCUCCCUCUAUGAGUUGCGCCAGUCCUUAUGUGGAAGCAAAACAUAGCCGGCUUUCCUCCACAGAGACCUCCCAGUCUCAAUCUUCCCAUGAAGAGUUUCGCCAGGAAGUAACUGGGAGCAGUGCCAUGUCCCCCAUUCGCAAGACAGCCAGUCAGCGCCGCUCCUGGCAGGAUUUAAUUGAGACGCCACUGACAAGUUCUGGCUUACACUAUCUUCAGACUCUGCCCUUGGAAGAUUCAGUCUUCUCCGACUCGGUGGCCAUCUCCCCCGAGCACAGGCGGCAGUCCACACUUCCCACUCAGAAGUGCCACCUUCAGGAUCACUAUGGGCCAUACCCAUUAGCUGAGAGUGAGAGAAUGCAAGUGCUCAAUGGCAAUGGGGGCAAGCCUCGAAGUUUUACUCUGCCACGAGAUAGUGGUUUCAACCACUGCUGUCUGAAUGAGCCAGUUAGUGCCUGUGACCCACAGGAUGACGUGCAACCCCCAGAGGUGCAGGAAGAGGAGGAGGAGGAGGAGGAGGAGGAAGGGGAGGCAACAGGGGAAAACAUGGGAGAAAAAAGUGAAACUAGGGAAGAAAAGUUAGGAGAUUCCUUGCAAGAUUUAUACAGGGCACUGGAGCAAGCCAGUCUAUCACCAAUAGGAGAACAUCGCAUUUCAACCAAAAUGGAAUACAAGCUAUCAUUUAUAAAACGAUGUAAUGAUCCUGUAAUGAAUGAAAAACUACACAGGCUGAGGAUUCUCAAAAGCACUUUAAAGGCCAGAGAAGGGGAAGUAGCCAUCAUUGAUAAGGUCCUGGAUAAUCCGGACUUGACAUCUAAGGAAUUUCAGCAGUGGAAGCAGAUGUACCUCGACCUUUUCUUGGAUAUCUGUCAAAAUACCGCCUCAAAUGACCCACUAAGUAUUUCUUCUGAAGUAGAUGUAAUCACUCCCUCUCUGACACACACUCAUUCAUACAUUGAAACACAUGUGUAAGUGCAUUCGGCAUACAGACCAUCUAAUACCUGCUGGUACUCCGAACAAAUACUUAAGGUAGUUUUUAUAUCAGUAUGUGGGACACUUGACAAGUCAUACUUUGACGUUACCAAACUAUAUGAAAUGAACCAUAUUUGAUCAUAAAACCACUGUCUUUAAUGAGCAUUUGUAUAUUUUAAAUGCAGUCAGUGCUCAGCUUAUGUUUACCAUAUUCAAAAUCAACUAUCUUUAAUGAUUUAAAAUUAACUUUUACAAACAAUUAUGAAUACAGGUGGUCUUCAAGUAGUAAAACCACAAAAAGGCAGUUUUCUAUCUAUGGUCAUCUUUUCUCCCUUUAAUUUUAUAUAAACAAGACUUCAAAAGUAAAUCACAUUUUUUCAGGUACAGACAUCCUUAUGGGUGGGAAAGAAUUUAAACCUUUUUUAUAUUUAUUAAAAUGUUCUAAGAAUUUUCUUAAACAUUGCACAAAAUUUAAUGCUGUAGUUUUAUUUUUGUGAAAUGUAGGUGUGCAUAUAAGAGUUAAGCAAAAUAGAAAAGCAUCAAUAUAAGAAAAGUUCAGGUAUCUAAUAUUCGUCUUAAUAGUCUGUUAACUUGUGAAAGCUGGUUAAUGGAAAUACUAUUCCAAAUCUUGGAGAACACUUAAUGGUGUAUCAGGGCAAAGCUUUGUAAGAUGUUUUUGUAACUAAGACCAAAUUGAAGAUAGAGCUGCUUUAUUUUCUUGGUUUAAAUCUUCCUUUAUUUUUGUAGUGAUGAAAUGCUGAUUGUGUACAGAAGAAUUUAAGAAUGGAUUUUUUAAAACAGACUUAACUCACCCAGAAAGGCAGC